CAGCUGAAAUUUGCAUGUCUUGUUCACAACUCGUCCAAUUUCGACCAGGUUUGGGUUGUGUGGUGUUAUGAUACGAUGAUGAUGUUUCCUUUAAAAGUUUUCUGGAAAUGUCUUUUUUCACCCAAACUACACAAAGUUUAUAUUGAUAGAAAUGCAGCGGGCAAAUAUGUUGAAAAUAACUUGGAAAGAUGGGGAGACCAAAUCAUUUCAUCGAUCUAUCUGAUGUGGAACCUAGGUCUGUACACAUCGCCCGUGAUAGUAUGUCUUUUGUACCGGAAAGGCUACUUCAUGUACGAUGGUGUACUGCUCUCGGCUAAAUUCGCAUUGAGUGUCAGCUGUGUGCUUGCCUUCUCCUACUGUCUGCGAAGCUAUGGACGAGUUUCGAACUCAGUUUACCUCGAGUUCCAGAAAACUUUGGAUCUUGCUACCAGGCAGUUCAACAACGAUACUAAGAGGGCGCUCUCAAGAUACGAUUUCGAUUUCUCUGCCUGGCCGGUGGAGUUCUCUAUCGCUGAUGUUGAGGGAGCUAAAGGAAGGAAGGUGCAAACUUCAAGAAAAUCGUUCCUUGGGACUUUGUUCACAGCCCCUUUUUCGGCCAUCACUUUUAUAGUGGCUCACACCUUUGGAAUUCGCCUUAUCUACCCGGGCUCAGUCUCUCUGGUCAGCUAUAUGAUUUCCAGCAGUCUGAUAAGUGGUCGUUCAAAGCUUAUCAAGCAUAACUCUGCUGAACGAUUCAAAUUGAGAACCACUGAUGCCAACGAAAUCGAUACUAUUUUUAUCGACAGAAGAAACAAGAAGAUGAAAGCCAGUAGUAAAAACAAUUCAUUUGUAACAUUCGGCCAAGAAGUAGUUGACUACCUAACAAACACCCGUUAUCCUACUAGUACCAACGGGUCAACACUUGUUAUCUGCUCGGAAGGUAACGCUGGUUUCUAUGAAAUUGGAAUUAUGGGAACUCCAAUAGAAGCAAACUAUUCUGUUCUGGGUUGGAACCAUCCCGGUUUUGGUGGCAGUACGGGCAUGCCUUUCCCCGACCAAGAGCAGAAUGCAAUUGAUACAGUGAUGCAGUUCGCAAUACAUCGCCUCGGCUUCCCGGUUGAAAACAUUGUUCUAUUCGGAUGGAGUAUAGGAGGCUAUGCCACAUCUUGGGCUGCUAUGACUUAUCCUGAAGUCAAGUGUGUGAUUCUGGACGCGACCUUCGACGACCUGCUGCCAUUGGCCAUUCCCAGAAUGCCGCAGUCUAUGGAGCCAAUCGUGAGGGAGACAGUGCGGCAACACUGCAAUCUGGACGUGGCCAAUCAGAUGUGCCAAUACCCGGGACCCGUUCUCCUCAUCCGGCGGUCUGCUGAUGAGAUCAUCUGUCUUGUGCCUGGUGACGUCUCAAGCAACCGUGCCAAUCCGUUACUGUCGCAGAUACUACGUCACAGGUAUCCGAAUUUGUUCACUGAGGAGAGCGAAGACGUUCUUGAACAGUGGCUAGCCGCUUCCGGCAAUAAACAGAGACAAAUAAUGAGUAUUCACACUGUUGAUGAGCCGAGGUGUAGAGUUGACCUAGCUGCUUACCAUGGAUCUCAUGACAAUAGAACGUUCCCCUCCUCAUUGGGAGGUGACUACGACUCUACUAGAAAGACCAAAAUGCUUCUAUUUCUGGCCAAUGAGUACAUGAAAGACUUCAACUCAACCCACUGCACACAAUUGCCCGAAAGCUCAUUCCAAAUCCCUCAAUUAUUGUGAUUCCUCAUUUGAGGAAAAGUUUCCUCAUUUGAUGAAAAAAUGUCAUUUAGGAAAUUGUUCCACAGUUGAGAAAAUGCUUCUUCAUUUGAAAAAAUAUUCAACGAUAAUGAUUCUUCAUUUCAAGUAAUAUUUCCUUAUUUGAAGAAAAAUUUCUCAUUUAUGGAACAAUUUUUCUUAUCACUGGUCGUCAUAAAUUUCCUAACAGUUGAAUAGCACCUUGCAGUUAUUCUCAGUGACAAAAUUGGAAUAUAUUAGAUUUAGAAAAUAAGUUAAUCAACUAGAAUAUUCGGUUAAUAAGAGAAAAACACCAAACCUGGCUGAAAUUGGAUAGGACAUUAGAAUUAUAGACAAAUUAUUAAGUGAAUAAAUAAUAUGAAAAAAUGGGUUGAUUCCAUUAUUCUAUAAAAAUAACCAUCUGAUGGUGAGAAACUAUUAAUAUUUGCUAGUGAAUAACAAUAAUUAUUAUUACAUCAUUCAAUAUUAUGGUUUUCAAUUAGUUGCAAUGUACCAACAUAGAAAUUAUACUCCUUGAAAAUGUCAAUUUUUUUGCAUCUUGGAGGAGAUAACCCAUAGAUAUUUGAGAAUCUCUUGCUUUGGAAGAAUUAUGUUUAUGAGACAAGAACUUUGUCUGAAGGUCAUAAGAACCUUUCGACUCUUCUGUGAGACCUAUUAUAAUUAGAUCACAAUUAUUGCUCUGUAAUUAAUGUUACUAUUAUUUUUCAAUUGCAGAUUUACUAAUCAGAAACUUUCAACCAAUAGUCUGAAUAUCCUCCAAUGAUGAUACAUAAUUUAUAACUCCUAGUUUAAAAAAACAGGGAUGAACUAGAGAUGUUUUAUGAAAACAUUCUUAUUCUCCUUCAAUUUUCAAGCAGUGACCACACUAUCUUCUAAAGAAGAGCUUUAGUAAUUUAUUCAAUAUUUUAUAAUUAUGUGCAUAAAUAAUGUUGGUUUAUUCAAUUGAUGCUUAUCAAUAUAUAUUUAUAGUCUUAUAUUAUUUAAAUAGAGCUUAUCAGUCAAUCAAGUUGACAUAUUUUAUCAGUAUUGAUGGAGAUUAUUUAGUGUGGUGGAUAAUUAAUUUUUAAUGGUUGCUGGUUUUAAUUCCCAGUUGGAAAAUUGCAAAAUAUUUCAAAUUCUGUUUUGUUGUGAUAGUUGUAUAUUUCUACAAUUUGUUGUAAUAAAUGUUUUUCUGUAUAA